GGGAAGAGGGAUCUUUUGGUCUCAGUUCAUUUUGCUGAAUGGUAUUGCCCCUAACUCUUUAUAAUUGUCCACUAUUUUUUUUUAAGUCCCGGCCUAACGUUGUUUUGUAAAGGCGUUUGGUAGGGAACUGAUCCCAGCAGCGGAUUGGAAUUCGGGAGGUGAGGUGCUUAAGUUCCCAUUUCAGCUCUCAGUUACUCUUCCUGGGCAAUCGCGAACAGCUGUGGAGGUGUCACCAAACCCCGGGCAACACUGAAUGGCUUGUGUGGGAACUGGGCUCCUGCUUAGUUUUGCUUUGACUCGCACAGAGUUACGGCGCUUUGUCCCUCUGUUGCGCAAAGAGCUGAAUUCCGUGAUAAAUAGCUUUUAAUGCAAAGCACGCGUUUGGUCCCACAGUGCUGAAUGGGGAUAGCUGCGGCGUGUGAGUCGGGAGGGCGCAGCGCUCCGGGUCCGCUCUGCCGGUGACGCGCCUGGCGGAGGAGCUGGCAGCCGAGAUUCGCUCAUCCCGCAGCCUUCCGUCUGGCCGGGCGCUCUCGAUGUCGGUGUCGGGAUACCGCGGCCAGACAGCUAGCGGCUGUUAUCUCUUCUCGAUUCCCACUUUGAUGUGGCUUCACACUUGCAAACGGGACUGAAGCGUCUGUAUAAGAGCUGAUCGAGGCCGGCAGCCCCAGCCCCUCACCGCCAUGAGCCAGGCCGACUUUUCCCUGGCAGCAGAGUCCAAAUCCCACGGGGUGCGGCCCCACAUCUGCUGCGUUCCCCCUCCCCGCGCCCCCACCUCGCAGGACCGCGGCCGCAAUUCCCUCCUGGUCAGGGCCGAGCCCCGACGAGGGAGUCCGAGGCUGGAACAGCCCUCAGACUGCGAGCCCCGCGAGGAGCGGCAGAGCAGUACUGGACCCCAGGAGCCCAGCGAGCAGUGCCCGUCGGAGCCAGCCCCUGACGGCGGCUGGCAGAGCGCCGACGAGUCAUCUGGCUACGAGAGCGAGAGCGCUGGUGGGGAGCGGUCCGAAGUGGAAACGCCUUGCGGGAGCCGCGGGCGGCAGCGGCGGGCGCGGACUGCGUUCAGCUCGGAGCAGGUGUGCCGGAUGGAGAAGACCUUCCAGCGCCAGAAGUACCUGGGAGCCUCGGAGCGGAGGAAGCUGGCUGCCGCCCUGCAGCUCUCGGAGGUCCAGAUCAAGACCUGGUUUCAGAACAGGAGGAUGAAACUGAAGAGGCAAAUCCAGGACCAACAGCACAGCCUCAUGUCUCCUGCUCCGCACUACAGCUUUACCCCGGGAACCACACCUCCAGCCCUCCUUCCCGAUGAAGGCUUUCCGUUAUCUUUCCACUAUCCCUUUGCUCCACAGCAUCAGAGACUCCUGCCUCUUCCCCCUGUGUCUGCGAUGCAGCUCAGCUUCUCCUUCCCCAGAUACGAUGCUUUGCAAAGCACCUAUCACUUCAUGGCAAAUGAGCUGCCGUACUACCAUCAACACUUGUUUCCUCCUCAUCCUUCUUUCCAUCCAGUAAUUCAGAAUAAAAUGGACAAUAAAUGCCAUCCUGUGUAUGCCUGAUAGUGAAAACAUGGCAGGGAGAAAAAAUGAGUGGUGUAAUGUAUUAUUUUCUGCUCAGAUGGAUUUUUUUGUGUGUGUUUGAUUUGUAAUUUUAUAUGUUUAUUUUUUUAAGUUAAGUGUAAAAAGUAAUAAUUUAAUAUUUGUACUAACCAGCAUUAAAAUUUAUUGGAUGUGGUGCCUCUCAGUCUUAUUUGUCUCACCUUUUUGAAAAGCUUUAUUUUUUCCCCCCCAAAAAUUCUAUCUUCCUUUGAUUUCUACAUGCCCUGAAGAGAUACCUUAAGCACAGUUGAAAUGUGUAAUUACGCUAAAGCUAUGCUGCACUUACAGUUUGUGACUACAGCCUUUUACUUUGUGCCUGCUGCUGCUGAAAGGGAAGUAAAGAAAGAAAAACCAGAGGGAAAACUUACAUUUGAAAGAUUUCCCACAGUGUAGGAUAAAAUUAAGCUUAUUUUGGACUGGGAAUUGCACAACUCCAGUUUUCAUAUGCAUAUAAAUUGUUAGGCAUCACCUGCGCAAAGUGUGUAAAGGUUUCACUUGUGAACUGCUUUUCCAGUAAUGGGGAAGAAUUAAAACACUGCAGGCAUAUUACCUGGUUUUUCUGCAGUCAAGCUGAGAGGGGUUCUGUAUGCUGUUAUGUUUGAGAGCUUGAGCCUUACCAGUUGUUUUGUACUGUGUUUGAGGCACAGCAAAGGAGGAAGAUAAAGGUGAGUUUCUCUUCUGUAUGUUAAUUGUUGUAUUCCUUUGCACUUCCAGUCCAUUUUCCACCCGAGAGCUCCAACUGUGUUAAUCACAGAUGUUCAUUAAGCCAUAGCAUUUUUUAAACAGUGAUUAAAUAGUUCAAAUACUCAGUACAGAGUUCUAAAGUUUUACAAUUAGCAAAACCAGCAUCUUGAAAAAGAUUUAAGAGCAUAAUUAGAGUUCUGUUAAUAGUCGUAUUAUCUAAAUGAGAUUUUAAUCUGCAAAUUUGGCCUUUGAUUCCCCACUGGAUGCUCACGGUAAUUGCAUAUUUUGCAACACUCUUUAGGUAAAUUGAUGCUUU